AUGGGAAACUGUUUCACUCAUAAAGGAAAAGCUUCAGAUCGGUGGAUCCGGGAGGAGGAGGAAGAAAACAAACACCAUGAGCAGCGAAACAGAAUCAGCGAUCCCUCAGAUCAGUGCACUGAUGCUCCGGCUGACAGAGUCAAAGGUGAUCUUUCAGAUCGGUGGAGUGAGGAGGAAGAAAACAAGCAUGAGAAGAGAAACAGUACUGGUUCAUCUGACAGAAUCAGUGAUCUCCCAGAUGAUAUGUUGCAUCUCAUAUUCUCAUUCUUGCCUUUCAAAUACGUUGGGCAAACUAGUGUCUUAUCUCGAAGAUGGAGUCAUGUAUGGUCUUCCUAUCCCAUCUUUGACUUCUACGAAAUUUUUACUGGUAAUGAAGCUGAACAUCACCAGAUAAGAGCAAGCAUCAUCAACACAGUAUUGGCUCGCGAUCGCCACAACGAAAACUAUACCAUGAUGUACCCAUGCCAAAAAAUUCCCUUGCCAAGAGGCAGACUAGGUCAAUUUUGUAUAGUUGGGGAGAAUCCAAACAAUUCUUGUUUGGCUAGGGUCGAGGAACUUGUACUCGAUAUCUCGUUGAGUAGUGCAAAUACAUCUAAUUUGCCUCAAUGUCAACUUAAGUGCCACUCAUUAAGGAGUAGUAGCUGUGGGAGUUCAAAGGCAUGGCUAGGGUUUCCCUCUACUUAUGUUGUCUGGUCUUAUCUCCUUUCACUCCAAGAUUUGUUUCUAGCUCAUGUGGAUUUCUCAGAUAGUGCUUUGGGUGUGGAUUUAUUUUCUGGUUCUUCAUUCCCUUUUCUCAAAAAAUUGAAUAUAGAGUGGUGUAGAGGAAUGACUGCUCUCAAAAUUUGCUGUCCGAACCUAAAAGAUGUAUGCAUUUUAGGAAUGGAUCUAUAUAGCAAGGACAUCUCUGGAAUGAGACUGGAGGAGUUGUUUUGUGGUGAAAAUUGCAUCGAUGGUUGGGUCAACAUUUUUGCCCCGAAUCUACAAUACUUGUACUGGGGCAAUCCAAUUACUGAGAAGUGUUCCAUCCAGAGCUUUCCUACGCCCAAAAGAUCUUGCAUUGGUUGUUCGUUUCUGUUCGGCAUAACAAAAACAAAUAUUUUUCAUAACAGUGCUAUCAAUCUUCUUUCCCAUUCAUCCCAAGCUGAAAUCCUUGAGAUACUCGAUGACUACCUCGAGAUUCUAUCAGACAUUUAUAUUGAAUUUGGUGGUGUACCUUUCUCAUUUGGCAAACUUGAAACCUUGAAAAUUGGGUACACAAUGAAGCAGAGAUAUAUCCCGGGUAUAGCAUGCCUGUUGAAGAGCUCUCCCGUAGUCCACACCCUCGACAUUGACUUUCUCUCUUUCGAAGAAAAUGAUAAGUGGAAUAACAUUAUGUUGGAUAAUGCCAAUUGCACUCAAGAGCAAUACUGGGAAACUCAGGCUCAACAUUUGAUCCCCUUUCUUAGUCACCUAAAGGUGGUCGACAUCGGCCUUGGUAACUUGAUCUCUGAGAAUGCAAUCACUUUUGCGAAGUUUUUGCUUAAAUAUGGAAGAGGCCUGCAAAAAAUGACUCUUAGUUUUUGGAGGAGCGGAAGUUCUCUUCCUCCGAAUUCGCUAAAUGAUACCAUUGAUUUAUUAAAGGGUUUCCCCCGGGCAUCUGCAGAUCUUGAGUUCUCAAGAUACUGCUAUUGA